CCAACAUGGCGACUUUGCGUCCGUCACAACGGGCAUAGACUGAAUGUGUUUUUUGUGAAAUAAUACAGGUAUAGAAGAACAUUUUAACUGUAAUAUUACUUCUAAUGAAGGAAAUACUUUUUAUGAAUUUGAAAUAAGAAGUUAACUUCACAUGGAGUUAGCUUAGCUGCGCUUUACUACUUCUUUAAAUGGCCGUUGUACAAGACAGUAUUUAUCAUAGGCUUCAAAUGAUGAGCUCCGCUUUAGAUAGCCGACCUACUAGUGCCUUAGCGAGGGGAGUACAAAUUACAGAAUUUAAGGAAACAAGAGUAAACCCAGAUCCUGUAGUUUUAGAGGACAGUGAUCUCUUAUUAGAACAAUAUCUUUCCCCAGGCAAAUUAAGACUCCUCACAGGAGUUGACAAUUUAGAAGAUAUUCGUCGACUGGAACUUAAAGUUGAUACAAAAGAAACAAGCUUGGGAAACUUUGGUUCCUUAUUACCAAACCUCACUCAACUUAAACUGUCAAACAGCAACAUCCCAUGUAUCCGAGACUUGGGCUCCAGUUUACGGAAUGUCACAGUUUUAUGGAUGUCCAGAUGUGGCCUAAACGAGUUGGAUGGAAUUUCAUCUAUGCUGAGUCUAAAAGAACUAUAUUUAUCAUAUAAUGAGAUCUGUGAUAUAAGUGCUCUAAGCAUGCUGGACUCUUUACAGAUUUUAGAUCUAGAAGGAAAUAACAUAGAUGAUACCCAACAAAUUCAUUACCUUGCUAUGUGUUCAAAUUUAUCCAGUCUAACACUGGAAGGGAAUCCUGUGUGUGUGUUACCUACACCAGACAGUUACGAGACAGAUGAUUAUGACUACAGGUGGACAGUUAAGAAAAUUAUACCUCAUCUCAGAAUUUUAGAUGAAGAACCAUUAAAUUCUGACCCAUCUCCUUCAAAAAAGAAGAACAUUUUCGAUGAUGACUGGGCAUAUUUGGAGGAAUUACAGAAAGAUGUAGGAAUAGGAGGUUCAACAGAAAGUCUAGAUUCUUCAGAGGCAAGCCAUACAGAAAGCACAGGACGACCUGGCACUGCCUCCCUUCGGCCGACCACUGGAUACCGACCAGGUUCUGCUCUCCGACCUUCCUCUGGAUUCCGACCUCUGACAGCAUCACGGAGACCAGCAACAACUUCUGGAGGGAAUGUAAGGCCACUCACCGCAGAAAAGCCCAACAAGGAAGAAAAUGAGGAGAAAAAUAUAACAGAGGAUGCCUCCAGUGAACUCACUAUGGGAAAAGUUGUUUGUGGAAAUCCAUCCAAAGCUCUCUUCUCUCGCAGGAAAAUAAAUCCUGGUAGUGAACCCAAAACUGAAUCAACAGGUCUAAAACUGUUCCCACAAUUCCUACACAAGCCUGAGCACACCUAUGACCCUGUUCCUGAUGACGACAAGGAGAGGGCUGAUAUCGUGGCUGAACUAAAGGAAUGGAAACAACAUCACGAAAAAAUCAUGGAGAAGAUCAAGAUAGAAAAGGCUCCUCAGGUGUUAGUAAUUGAUCACGAUGAUGCGGUGAGUGUAUCCAGUGAUGAGGAGAUAUCUGAUGAAGAAGACACUGGGGACCUGGCAUCUAGCUUCACUCCUCUGGACGACAGUGACCGACCAAUUAGUGCUGACCGACCCUCCAGUAAAGGGGAAUCUGUCACUUCAAGUCCAUUACUGGAUCUCCCACCACCCCCAACCCCACCUAAGAUGUUGGGACAGAUCCGUGAGCCUCCACCGAGAGAGUUCCAGGAGGGGAUAAUUGAGGUUCUAAAGAUGGAGGGACUGACCACAGACAGCAAGAGGGAGGAGCCAGAGGAACCACCAGAUACCCCCGAGAGCAUCCAGUUAAAGUCGCGGCUGGAGAACCACGCCCUGAACCCCCACCGCCCCUGUCCACCCAUCAAACCCCUGGGAAGGUCGUCUCCAGACGGCCCUAUCAUGCCCCGAGUCCCCCCUCCAUCUGCCGUGGGUAGGAACCUGAUGAGUAAAAGUAUGACUGUCCCAGCAAAAAGAACUAGCCUACAAAGCCCCGAGUCGGGAUCUCCAGUGAUUGGACCGUCUGCCUCUGUGGAUCGACCCGUGCUGCAAAAUCGUCCCUUCACUGCUAGAGCUGUCCUGUCACAGGUCCGCAGACAGCUGCCUCAGGUUCCUACACUUCCUUCUAAACCAAGCUUUCCAAAGUGAAGGAGGAGUCCAUUCAGCUUUAGGAAAAGAAUAUUUCGAUGGAAAGCAAACUUGGUUCUGGUUUCUAAACUUAUUGUCUUUCAUUUGUUGAGCAGUGUUUUAUAGACAGAGAGAACUGUAUUCAAAUUAUUAUAGUAUGUUCAAUUUGAAAGUCAACAGAAAGGAUAAAUGGGUCAAAGGUGUCUUUAGUGAUGGUUAAACUCCAAAAGGGUAAAAAUACUUAAAUUUUAUUUUUUCUUGACAUAUUGGGCACAGAUAAGCAAAAGUUUCAACGAAAACAGUGUACAUGUAAAUCUCUGUCAAGUUGUUGAUAAGAUCUAGCAACACCUUAGUGUCAACCAAACGUAAUUGUCCAUAGAAAUACAAAACCAAGGUCACUCACUGGUGAUCUUUAUUGCAGCAAGCAGAUGCAAACCAAAUUCAUUCCAUGUUACAGAGAAGGCCUUUUGCUUAAUUUGCAGAUUUAUGUUUAUAUAUCAGAAUGAUCAGUAUUUACUAUAUUUUUCAGUCUAAUUUUUAGAUAUUGUCAUGGAAACUGUAGUGAUCUUGUGUGAGAACUUUUUUUUUUUAUUUACUGACUGAUAUUUACAUCAUUUUUUAUAUUUAUCUUAAUGCAUCAAAUUUCCUCAACAAAAGGGAUGUACUCAAACCUAUAUA